CCUUUGAGGACAUUGCCCUGUACUUCUCCAGGGAGGAAUGGAGCCUCCUUGAUGAGGUCAGAGACAGCUGUACCUCAAUGUGAUGCUGGAGAACUUUGAACUUAUGUCCUCUCUGGGUUGCUGCUGUGGAGCAGAGAAUGUGGAGGCUGUGACUGAACAGAACGUUUCUGUAAGAGUGUCACAGGCAAGGAAUCCCAAGGUAGCCUUGUCUUCCCAGAAGAGCCACCCCUGUGAGAGUUGUGGACUAGUCUUGGGAAACAUUUUCCGCGUGACGGAGCUGCAGGGAACACAACACGGACAGAUACUGUUGAGAUGUGGGGCAUGUGCAAAACGGUUUUAUUUCACUGUAAAAUUUCACCAGCAACAUGUGAGAGAGAAGACUUUCAUUAGAGGUGUGGACAGGAUUUCCCUUGCAAAUAGCUGCAAUUUCAGUGUGUCCCAGAAUCGUUUCUCAUGCAGAGAGGUUGGGCAGGGUGUCUUUACAGAAUCAGGAUAUCGCCACGUAAAGGCUCCUCGGACCAGGGACAGUCCAAAUGCUAUUUUGACACAUGGAAUAACAUUUCAAAGGACAAAAAAUUAUUACACCAGAAAAGAAUGUAAGAAAGACAUUAUUUGCACCCACACGUUUAUUCAGGAAAAGGAUGUCAAUGUUGGAAGUCGAUGUUUUGUGUGCUCUGAAUGUGGGAAAUCUUUUACCACUAAGUUUCGCCUUCACAGUGAUCAGAGAGUUCACACAGGAGAAAAGCCUUAUAAAUGCACUGAAUGUGGGAAAUCUUUUACCAGUAAAACCGAACUUUGUACUCAUCAGAGAGUUCAUACAGGAGAAAAGCCUUUUAAAUGCAGUGAAUGUGGGAAGUGUUUUAUCACCAGCAGUAAUCUCUGUCGUCAUCAGAGAGUUCAUACAGGAGAAAAGCCUUAUAAAUGCAGUGACUGUGGGAAAUCUUUUGCCAGUGACAAAAAACUUUGUCAUCAUCAGAGAGUUCACACUGGGGAAAAGCCUUAUCAAUGCAGUGACUGUGGGAAAUCUUUUACCAGUAACAGUAAACUUUGUCAUCAUCAGAGAGUUCAUACAGGAGAAAAGCCUUAUAAAUGUAGUGAAUGUGGGAAAACUUUCCGUGAAAACAAAGCUCUCCAAAAUCAUCAGAGAGUUCACACUGGAGAAAAGCCUUUUAAAUGCAGUGACUGUGGAAAA